GUUUUCCCUUCUGCCUGUUUAACAGGACUGAGUGAGAAACGGACGGCCCUUCUGAUGCUCAGUCACGGGGAGAGAAGCUGCUGCGGAUAUCCGUCUCAUACCUGCCUCACAACGGGCUCCUCUAGUCGCUGAUUUUCCUCUUCCCCCACUGACCGUUUUUUGUGAAAGCGAUAUAAAAAAGAUGCUGGUUUUGGUUUCGUAACAAGCUGCACCGGGUAGCAGCGCGCGGAGGAAAAUAUAUGUUUCCGAGGAUGCGGAUUUAACGGAAAGACGUUAUGUGUGUUACCUGGGAUUUGUAACCGUUAAAAACCGUUACAUUCUGAAUGAGCUUAGUCGCACGCAUCGAGAUAUUGUACAUGUCUGCUGAGAUAUCUCACACAGUGACGCGGUAGUAACAACAUCGACAACAGAAGACAAAAUAAGAGACAAUAAGGGGAGGAUUGCCCUCGAUUUGCCACUGCCAGACUCUUGUGCCCUCGCUGGUCCCGCCUCCGUCCAGCCCCCACCCCGCUCAACUCCCACGGACAGAUUGUCACGGACUUCUUUACUGCCAGGUUGAAUGUGUUUUCCUCCAGCCUGGACACCAUGAGCACCAUCUCGCCGACGGAUUUUGACAGCUUGGAGAUCCAGCAGCAGUACAAUGACAUCAACAACCGCUGGGACCUGGCAGCUGAGACUGACUGGGAUAAUGAGAACAGUUCAGCACGACUCUUCGAGCGCUCACGCAUCAAGGCUCUCGCAGAUGAGCGUGAAGCAGUGCAGAAGAAGACCUUCACCAAAUGGGUAAAUUCUCACUUGGGCCGGGUGACCAGUCGCAUCGGGGACUUGUACACCGACCUCCGCGAUGGCCGCAUGCUCAUCCGCCUUCUGGAAGUGCUCUCUGGAGAACAGCUGCCAAAGCCCACAAAGGGCCGCAUGCGUAUCCACUGCCUGGAGAAUGUUGAUAAAGCCCUGCAGUUUCUCAAGGAGCAAAAAGUCCAUCUAGAAAACAUGGGCUCACAUGACAUUGUGGAUGGUAAUCACCGUCUCACGCUGGGUCUCAUCUGGACAAUCAUCCUUCGCUUCCAGAUCCAGGACAUCAGUGUGGAGACAGGGGACAACAAGGAGAGAAAGUCAGCUAAAGAAGCCCUGCUGCUUUGGUGCCAAAUGAAAACUGCUGGAUACCCCAAUGUCAACAUCCACAACUUCACAACCAGCUGGAGAGACGGUCUGGCGUUCAGUGCCAUCGUGCACAAACACAGACCUGACGUGAUUGAGUUCGACAACCUGAAGAGGUCCAAUGCUCACUACAAUCUCCAGAAUGCUUUCAAUGUGGCUGAGAAGGAUUUGGGACUCACUAAGCUGCUGGACCCAGAAGAUGUUAAUGUUGAUCAGCCAGAUGAAAAGUCCAUCAUUACCUAUGUGGCGACCUACUACCAUUACUUCUCCAAGAUGAAAGCCCUGGCAGUGGAAGGCAAACGUGUUGGAAAGGUACUGGACUAUGCUAUUGAGGCUGACCAGCUGAUAGACAAGUAUGAGUCCCUUGCCUCAGAGCUGCUGCAGUGGAUUGAGCAGACCAUAGGGACGCUGAACGAUCGGCAGCUAGCUAACUCACUGAAUGCUGUGCAGAACCAGCUCCAGGCGUUCAACUCAUACCGGACUGUGGAGAAACCCCCCAAAUUUACAGAGAAAGGGAACUUGGAGGUUCUCCUUUUUACCAUUCGGAGCAAGAUGAGAGCCAACAAUCAGAAAGUGUACAUGCCAAGAGAGGGCAAACUCAUCUCUGACAUCAAUAAGGCAUGGGAGCGAUUGGAAAAGGCAGAACACGAACGAGAGCUGGCUCUGAGGAAUGAGUUGAUUCGCCAGGAGAAGCUGGAGAUGCUCGCUGCACGUUUUGACCGCAAAGCAGCUAUGCGGGAGACGUGGCUGAGUGAGAACCAGAGGCUGGUGUCUCAGGAUAACUUUGGGACUGACUUGGGAGCCGUGGAAGCUGCCACCCGUAAACACGAAGCCAUCGAGACAGACAUCGGGGCUUAUUGGGAACGCGUGGCUGCUGUGGAGUCCGUUGCCAAAGAGCUGGAAGCCGAGAGAUACCAUGAUGUGCGGCGUGUGACUGCGAGAAGGGAUAACGUGCUCCGACUCUGGGAAUACCUGAAAGAGCUUCUGGCCGCACGAAGAGAGCGGCUGAACGCCCAUCGUGACCUCCAGAGACUGUUUGAAGAGAUGCGCUACAUUAUGGACUGGAUGGCAGACAUGAAGGGUCGUCUGCAGUCUCAGGACAGCGGCAAACAUUUGCAUGAUGUUUUAGAUCUCCUGCAGAAACACACUCUGGUAGAAGCGGACAUAUCCGCUCAGGCAGAGAGGAUCAAGGUGGUCCAGGGAUCUGCACAGCGCUUCACUUUCUAUGAACAGGCCUACAAACCGUGUGAGCCGGGGCUAGUUAGUGAGAAGGUCGACCAGCUGGGUCAAGCCUAUGAAGAACUCGGUCAGCUUGCUGCAAACCGCAAAGUUUGCCUGGAGGAGUCGCGCCGUCUGUGGCAGUUUCUGUGGGAUAUUGGAGAGGAGGCAGCCUGGAUCAGAGAGCAGGAGCAGAUCCUGGCGAGUGGGGAGUGUGGCCGUGACCUCACCUCUGCCCUUCACCUGCUCAGCAAACAUGAAGCCUUCACGGAUGAGAUGGCAGCCCGUUAUGGUCCCCUGAGUAACAGCAUCGCUGCCGGAGAAGCUUUGGUUGAGGAGGGACACUUUGGAGCCCCAGAGGUCACCGAGAGGAUUCAAGACAUCCAUGCACAGUGGGCACAUCUGGAGGAGACAACCAAGCUUAGAGAGCAGAGCCUCAAGGAAGCUGUGGCCCUGCAGCAGUUUCAAACAGAUGCUAAUGACAUGGAGGUAUGGAUCAUGGAGACACUUAGACAGGUGUCCAGUCAGGAGGUGGGCCACGAUGAGUUCUCCACCACAACCAUUGCCCGCAAGCAGAGGGAGAUCGAGGAGGAGAUCCAGAGUCACCGCCCCGGCAUCGACUCCAUGCAUGAGCAGGUCCAAGCAAUGCCAGAGGCCUAUCUAACAAUCCCUCAGGUGGAGGGUCGCCUUCCUGCUAUUGAGCAGAGCUUUGAAGAACUGGAGACUCUGUCAGUAGCUCGCCGCCAGGCUCUGGAAGGCGCCCUGGCCCUCUACCGCAUGUUCAGUGAAGCUGGUGCCUGCCAGCUGUGGGUGGAGGAGAAGGAGCAGUGGUUACACAGCAUGGAGAUCCCCACCAAACUAGAGGACUUAGAGGUGGUGCAGCAGAGAUUUGAGACACUGGAACCUGAGAUGAACAACCUAGGCACUCGUGUCACUGAUGUGAACCAGGUGGCCGAGCAGCUGCUGAGCUCCGAAAACUGCAAAAAAGACCAAAUCAACCAGACACGAGACCAACUGCACGACAGAUGGAACGAGUUUGAAAAAUUGGCUGGCCAGAAGAAAGUUGCCCUGGAUUCGGCUCUCAACAUCCAGAACUACCACUUGGAGUGUAACGAGAUCCAGACAUGGAUGAAGGAAAAGACCAAAGUGAUUGAAUCCACCCAGAGCCUGGGCAACGACCUGGCUGGAGUGAUGGCACUGCAACGCAAACUCACCGGCAUGGAGAGGGACCUGGAGGCCAUUCAGGGCAAAUUAGAUGACAUGAAAAUUGAAGCUGAAAAGCUGGCCGAGGAACAUCCAGAUCAGGCCGGAGAGAUCCAAGGGCACCUGGCAGGGAUUCAAGAGGUGUGGGAGGAGCUGAACGCCACCAUGAAGCGGCGCGAGGAGUCGCUGGGCGAAGCCAGCAAGCUGCAGGGCUUCCUCAGGGAUCUGGAUGACUUCCAGUCCUGGCUGUCCCGCACCCAGACAGCCGUGGCCUCAGAGGACAUCCCCACCUCUGUGACGGAGGCUGAGAGUUUGCUAACCCAGCACGAGAAUAUCAAGAACGAGGUGGAUAACUAUAAGGAAGACUACGAGAAGAUGAGGGAUGUCGGUGAGGAGGUCACCCGAGGUCAGACGGAUGCCCAGUACAUGUUCCUGGCCCAGAGGCUCCAGGCUCUGGACACUGGAUGGAAUGAGCUGCGUCGUAUGUGGGAGAACCGUCACAGCGUUUUGGCCCAAGCCUUUGACUUCCAGACGUUCUUGAGAGACGCAAAGCAGGCGGAGGCUUUUCUCAACAGCCAGGAGUAUGUGCUGUCCCACACAGAGAUGCCUACCAGUCUUCAGGGAGCAGAGGAAGCCAUUAAGAAGCAUGAGGACUUCCUCACCACCACAGAGGCCAGUGAGGAGAAGAUACAUGGUGUGGGGGAGGCUGGACGGCGCCUCAUUAAUGACAGUAAUGCAAACUCUGAUAAGAUCCAGGAAAAAGUGGAUUCAAUCCAGGAAAGGCAUCUUAAGAAUAAGGAGAAUGCUAAUGAAUUGCUGACAAAGCUUAAAGAUAACCGUGAACUGCAGCACUUCCUUCAGGAUGGACAGGAGCUCACAUUGUGGAUCAAUGAGAAGAUGCUGACGGCACAGGAUAUGUCUUAUGAUGAGGCCAGAAAUCUUCACAGCAAGUGGCAGAAACAUCAGGCCUUCAUGGCUGAGCUGGCCUCAAACAAAGACUGGCUGGACAAAAUUGAUAAGGAAGGUCAGGCGCUGGUGGCAGAGAAGCCGGAGCUGAAGCCUGUUGUUCAGCAGACCCUGGAGGACCUCCAGCGGCAGUGGGAGGAGCUUGAGGGCACCACCCGCACCAAGGCCCAGUGCCUGUUCGAUGCUAACCGGGCAGAGCUGUUCACACAGAGCUGCUCUUCUCUGGACGUCUGGCUGAAAAACCUUGAGGGUCAGCUGCAUAGCGACGACUACGGCAAAGAUUUGACUAGUGUCAACAUCCUGCUCCAGAAGCACCAGAUGCUGGAGAACCAGAUGGAGGUCAGAGAGAAGGAGGUUCAGUCCAUCCAGUCUCAGGCUCUGGCUCUGUCCCAGGAGGACGCUGGCCUCACUGAGGUAGACGGACAGCAAAAGCAUGUCACUGACAACUUCUCCAACCUUCAGGACCCUCUCAAACUGAGGAGACAGCGGCUGCUCGCCUCCAAAGAAGCACAUCAGUUCAACAGAGAUCUGGAAGAUGAAAUUCUAUGGGUGAAAGAGAGGAUGCCCCUGGCAGACUCCACAGACCAUGGAAAAGACCUGCCCACUGUGCAGCUGCUCAUAAAGAAGAACCAGACACUGCAGAAGGAGAUCCAGGGUCACCAGCCGCGUAUUGAUGAAAUCCAGAGACGAGGCCAGACUCAGAGCCAGGUGGACGGUGAGAGGCAGUCGGCCCUUGAGGGGCGCCUGGUUGAACUGGGGGAACUCUGGGAUCAGCUGAAAGCCGAGACAGACAAGCGCCAUGAUCGUCUAAUAGAGGCCAACCGCGCCCAGCAGUUCUAUGCUGAUGCGGCGGAGGCAGAGGCCUGGAUGGGAGAACAGGAGCUGCACAUGAUGUCAGAGGAAAAAGCCAAGGAUGAGCAAAUAGCGCUAGUGAUGGUCAAGAAGCACCAGACCCUGGAACAGGCCCUUGAGGACUACGCCCAAACCAUCCACCAGCUGGCCAACAGCAGCCGCCUUAUGGUCACCAGUGAACACCCAGAGAGUGAGAGGAUCACCCUACGGCAAGCACAAGUGGACAAACUGUAUGCAGGGUUGAAAGACCUCGCUGAGGAGCGUCGCGGGCGUCUUCAGGAGAGGCUGCGGCUGACCCAGCUGAAGCGGGAGGUGGAUGACCUGGAGCAGUGGAUUGCUGAGAGGGAGGUGGUAGCUGGCUCCCACGAACUAGGACAGGACUAUGAACAUGUCACUAUGCUGAGGGACAAGUUCCGGGAGUUUGCUCGUGACACCAGCACCAUCGGCCAGGAGCGAGUAGAUGGAGUCAACGAGCUGGCAGACGACCUGAUUGAGUCGGGUCACCCUGAGAACGCCAGCGUGGCCGAGUGGAAGGACGGGUUGAAUGAGGCCUGGGCCGACCUGCUGGAGCUGAUCGACACACGCACACAGAUGUUAGCAGCCUCCUACGAGCUGCACCGCUUCCACCAGGACGCCAUGGAGGUGCUCAGACGCGUGAAGGAGAAGAAGGAGGGUCUGCCUUCAGACCUCGGCCGGGAUCUGAACACCGUUCAGCAUCUACACAGGCAGCACAACACAUUUGAAAAUGACAUCCAGGCCCUCAGCGGACAGGUGAACCAGGUGCAAGAUGACGCUGCACGCCUACAGAAGGCUUACGCUGGAGAGAAAGCUGAUGACAUUAACAGGAGUGAGAGUGCUGUGUCUAUUGCCUGGGAGGCUCUGCUGAAGGCCGGUCAGGCCCGCAGGCUCCUCCUGCUGGACACUGUGGAGAAGUUCCGCUUCUUCAACAUGGUGCGAGACCUCAUGCUCUGGAUGGACGGCGUCAACCUGCAGAUAGACGCUCAUGACAGCCCCAGGGACGUGUCCUCUGCAGGGCUGGUCAUUGCCAAUCAUCAGGAUAUCAAGUCAGAGAUUGAGACCAGGGCUGACAGCUUCACCGCCUGCGUUGAUUUGGGAAAAUCUCUCAUCAACAACAAUCACUAUGCAUCUGAUGAGAUCCGGGAGAAACUGGCUCAACUGCAAGAAAAGAGAGAAAGGAUCAACAGAAACUGGCAAGACAAGAUGGUUCAUUUACAAAUUGUGCUGGAGGUGUUGCAGUUUGGUCGCGAUGCCUAUGUGGCAGAGUCAUGGCUGGCAGGGCAAGAACCUCUGGUGCGAGCAGCAGAGCUGGGCUCUAACGUGGACGAGGUCGAGAGCCUCAUAAAGCGCCAUGAGGCCUUCGAGAAACUCGCUACAGCCUGGGAAGACCGCUUUGUGCUGCUGGAGAAACUCACCACGCUCGAGGAGCAUGAGAUUCAGAGGAGGCGAGAGGAAGAGGAGCGAGCGCGGCGACCCCCUACACCCCCCCCUGCAGAAGUGGCACAAUCUGAGGCAGAAAGUCAAGCACAUGAUUCUGCAGCCAGAACCAGUCUGGACCAGACCACACUCAAUCAGACGGUGUCGGUGAAUGGAGUGCACAGCGACAACGACACCUCGCAGCAGUCAUUAUCGCAAUCGUUGUCAGUGGGACAGAAAACUCAGCCUAAACGUGUGUGUAAGCCAAAGCAGCCGGAGCGUGGCUCAGAGUCAGAGUCGAACGGACCCGGCAGAGACAGCGGGCUGGCGUCGUCUCGCCUCGAGCCCUCGGCCACGUUACCCAGCAGGGGGGGGGCCGAGUCCGAUCCAGACACCAUGGAGGGCAUGCUCUGUCGAAAACACGAGAUGGAGUCCCACAGCAAAAAGGCAGCUACCAGGUCCUGGCAGAACGUGUACUGUGUCUUAAGAAAAGGAAGCCUCGGUUUCUAUAAAGACGGAAAGAGCGCUAGCAACGGCAUCCCUUACCACGGAGAGGUUCCCAUCAGCCUCGGGGACGCCGUGUGUGAGGUAGCCAACGGAUAUAAGAAGCGGAAAUUUGUAUUCAAACUCAGCAGGCUCGGGGAUGGAAAAGAGUUCCUGUUCCAAGCAAAGGAUGAGGCGGAGAUGAGCGCCUGGAUCAGCUCCAUCAUCAGCUCCAUGCCCACGGGGUCAGGUGACUCGCCGGUGGGUCCGCGGGCCCUCAGCCGCGCCAUGACGAUGCCCCCCAUCUCCCCCAGCUCAGGGGAAGGGGGAGGAGUCACCAUGCGCAACAAAGACGGGAAAGACAAGGAUCGUGAAAAGAGGUUCAGCUUCUUCGGCAAGAAAAAAUAGAAACACUUUUAAAAAUCGAUGGAAACAACAUUUACAUCUAAAUUUCAGCAAACAGAAGCAGGCAGAGAGUAAACUGCUCUCAGAUCAGCCCCGGGGGAUUCUCAACGUGGCUUUCAAAGAACUUUGUUCAAUUUUCCUUCUCUCUCAUUCUCUCCCUCGCCAAUUUUUGUAUCCGUCAUUUCGUUUUUCGUUCACCAAAAUCAUAUUUCACAUUAAGCUGCACCCAACUAUGAAAGCCCUCAUCCAAUUUCAGCCGACCCGCUGAGAUUAUAAAUCUAAGUCAGUGUCGGGGGGUUUGGCAUUAACAGGGAUUCAGUUUCAAUCCACCAAAACGGCCUUCCUUCAGCAUGAAUAGUUUCUCUUCAGUGAGUCUUCACUAGCGAGCCGUUUCCAUGACGAGCCGCUAAUAAAACAAUGGAUGGCGGCUUUCCACUCUGGUACACACCGGUUUUAUUUCCUCGCUCUUAAGCGCUCAGUUUUUUUGGGAAGGAUCACUUCAAUCGCUUUUUCUGUUCUCUGUAUUGAUGUUAUUAACCUGACUGAUAUUUUUGCUGUUAUUAUUAUUAUUAUUUAUCUUUUGCUAUUGCUGGUUUGAGAAAACAAAGUAAUUAAGUUUCCAGUAGAUAAUCUCGAUUCAUGUUGUGGAGAGAAACACUUUUGGUUAAACUAGUGGAGAAUGUUGGGCUUGCCCUUGUAUGUAUUAUUAUUAUUAUUGAUUUCCUUUAGGAAUGACAGUUGAUGAGGUGUUUUGAGAAAAAAUAAAGCUCAUUGAAUUUUAGCAGUGUGCAGAUCACAAGUUUCAUUGGGAAAAUGAUAUAUAUAUAUUUAAUAAGUGGUUUUAUUUUUUAUUUUGUCUCUAAUUUUGUCUGCAUUUCAUUUCCUUUGAGUGAUCUUUUUCUGCUUGAUUUUCACAUUUCUUUAUUUCUGUACAAAGCAGAUAAGAUUAGUUUUCUAGUGUGUGUGUGCGAGUGUGUGUGUGUGAGUUGUGGUGCCGUGGAUUUUGCACGUUAAUGUUAUUCCUGCUCAAACGUGGCCAGAUGAAUGCUGCUUUUCGGCACCGCAGACAAACGUAAUAAUUACUGGAAUUAUUUCAAAAAAUCGGCUUUUCCUUUGCUUCUGGUUUUUAAUUAUAUGUAAGCUGACAUUACCAAUGAAGUUCCACCAGACGGUUUCAUUAUUUCUGUUUUUUUAAGUCUUCUAAUAUCUAUUUCCGUUCUUAAUUUACUGGUGUGAAGGCAUGGGGGCAGUUUGUAGAUAAAAAAAAAAAAAGCUGAAGCACAUUUUCUGUGGCGGACGCAGCUGAGCAAGACAGAUGGACAGGUCUCAUUAAGUGAAGAGAGGGAUGUGGAAGUGAUUUUGGACUGGAAAUAUGCUUUAUGUGCUACCUGACAGAGAGAGGAGCCUUACUUGAACCCACAACAAAUUCACAGACCCCCUUUUUACAAACCCAUCCUCCAUUCGAACAGUCUUAAAGGAAGAUAACGUAAUACGGAGAUAAGAAUGUUGAAAAUGUGCCCUGUGGCAAUGACCUCGUGUAUGUCAGUGGAUUUCAAUGAAGGUACAGCAAAACUCACAGCAAAGAGGGGAAGAAAAUCCUAAAUUGUCUCUUAGAUGAGAUUGCAUAUGUGGCAUGACUUCAUGUAGGUUUAUACGUGUAUGUGUCUCAUCAUUGCCAUCUCUUCUGUGUUGAUGUACUCUUAAAAACGUGAGAUCACUUCAUUUCCAAGGUUGGAGAUAAACUAAUUAAAUGUAAUUGGCAUUUGCAUUGAUCCAGACCAUGAUAAUGGCAAUAUAGUUAAUGUAAAAUGUGUUUAAUAGUGUCCUCAAAUAGGGUACAUGUUUGAAAUGACAAGAGCAUUUACAGUAUAUUGUGAGACUGUAGGCGGUAGUAACAUUUUAUAUUAAUUGGUUGUUAAGUGUUAUUAUUGUAAGUCACUUCAAUCCAAGUUCUAAUUUGCCUUUUCUAACUGCCAAAAAUGCAACAGGAAGUAACAGGAUAACAAUUCUGAAUUCAGGAGUUUAAUGGAAUAUUUGAGAUAGGUUGCUAGUUAUAACAUAUUUGUAACUUAGCACACCUUGAAAGCAACUCUUCAAAGCUGGUAAUGGAUGUACACGCCAUGCCUUGGAGGCCACAGGAAUGUCUCACCAAACUGUUGAGCUGAAAAUAAACUGGAUGCUGUUUGAACAGGUUGGCCUUAUUUAUCUACAGUCCCAAUUGAAUGUGGAACCAGUGAUUUUAUAUUUUAAAUCUAACACCCUCCAAGCCAGAAAAUUACCUAAAGAUGGACUUUGAGACUAUUUGACAGCACUUGACUACCUUGUCUCUGUCAGUGGGAUUUUGUAUCUAGGGUGUGACGCAGCUCCCAGUGUAAGCAGCCUUAAACUUAAGCUGCUCUAUUGGGGCUAAGUCAUUGAGGUCGGUGCAUACAUAAGUGAGCCAACGCAGGAGUCAAGUGGAUUAGCUGUUUCCAGUGUCUAUAGCUACCUUGUUCUGGACAUCAGAUAAAGCAUCCAGUUAAGGACUAAAGGUCACACAGUGCAUUUUCUUAUCAGCUCAUUUGAAUGUGAAUGAUUCUAAUUAGUUUGGCCAAAUUGGUCAUGUGAAGCAGAAGUAUUUCUCCUACUUGACAUACUGGACACACACAUUAAACCUGUACUGUAUAUUUAAUGCAGAAUGACCCUGGCGACCUAGUGUUUAUAGGGAACGUCCUCAGCUGGCUGUGAUUUCACAUUGCAUACGGCAUCCGCUCAAAAAAGGAGCGUUGUGCUACUGGUGAGCUUUGACCAGAACAUUGGGAGUGAUGUGUCGUUGUCAAAGAGAGGGGUCUUUGGUUAAGAGAGUACUUGAAACAAUGGGUUACUUGAUGAAGAAAAACAACCACUUUUACUUGUUUGGUAUUAGAUAUUGGUGAAAUUAUGCUGGUGACAAUUUGAGCUUCCUUUUUUAGAAGGCGGCAGGGUAUUUGCUGUCUAGUGGGAGCUUGUAUUUUUGCAUCCAGUGGUCUGUCUUGCAGCAUUUGAUAAGCCUGUCCUCCUACCUUCAUUUCUCAUUACUUUUGACGAAUGUCUGUUCCUUCCUCUGUAAUUCAGAGUUGUUAAUACCACAACUAUUAUUAAUUGCUAUUAUUAUCACUAUUGCUACUGUUGUUACUAUUACUACUACUGUUACUAAUGCAACUUAUUAUUGCAAAAGUUAUAACUGCUGUCCAUUUUCAGGUACGUGUCUGUGAUACCAGACCCUUCCACACGAUGUCAGUGUGCUGUGGAGCAUUUUCAUUAUGAAUCGAAAAAUAAUGUUUGUUGACUUGUGUAUCUACAUCUAAUAUUAGGAAUAAUAAAACAUGGUUUAAUGAAAA